CCAGCUAAAGUUCGAGAACCAACCUAAUGAGGAGGAAGCUAUUACUCUCAAUCCUAUGCCCGAAAUGGAACAUAGCUCAAUCCAAUCCGAGGAAUCAAAGAUUCGAGGCUUUGCCUCAUCACGAAUAACCUUUCCAUCUAUCGAAAACCACUCCGAUAAAGAAACUUCAAUACAUUGUGAAAUAAAUGAUUCUGAUAUAUACCAAACUAUUUGCACGGAGCCUGUUGCAGAGCAACGCCAUUACCAUGGCAAAUCAUUGGAAGAUAUAGAGAUCGAUGAAUUCCUAGAUUCAGAGGAUAAGAAAAGGGUUAGUAAUAUGAUGAGAGAGAGAAAUCGGGAAAAAAAACUUCAGUGCGAAUCACCUAGCCAGGAGGCACACUCGAUUUCCCAGAAUACUGCAUCUACUACUUCCCGUGAGCGGAAAAACGAACAGGGCUUGAUUCGAGAAAUGAUUUUAUCUAAAGAAAAAAAGCAUGUGACUGAAAUUUCAGCGAACUUGGUUCGCCCAAAUAAUGAGACUUCAAUAACUCCAUCUAUUCCAGCCGUGUCCCAGUUGUCACCAAAUAAUGAGACUUCAAUAACUCCAUCUAUUCCAGCCGUGUCCCAGUUGUCACCAGAUAAUAGAGAUAUUAUUAGUCUAUAUAAAAAUGCAUGUGAUGCGGAAAUUGGUGCGAUCGAAGCAAAUAGAGAAGAAACAUUGCGUUGGUGUUUCUAUGCUAGAGAAUUCAAAAGCAUGUAUAAAGAUUUUAUGGUCAGCAAUAAAGUUGGGGAAAAGAAGGCGAAAGGUCAAGUAUAUGAUUUUAUCAUCAAACAGCUACCCGACAAUUCUUCAGAUGAUUUACCUGAAGCUGAGGUAAGUAUAUCUAUUGAUCAAGAUUCGAAAUUACCAGAAGCUUCGGUAAAUGCAUCUACUGGAACUGAGCAUUAG